AUGCGCGCCGCAAUUUCUCAUACCAUCACAGUGCUGAGUCUGUCGGCUAUCCUUCCACUGGCUCUAGCCGACGAGCCCAGACCUGCCAUGGUUCCCGGCGUCCCUGGAUGCGCGGCUAACGGCCACGGCGAUGCCAAGCACAUCUGGGAAAGUGACGCCGGUGACUGCAAUAACGCCGUCUAUGCAAUGUAUGCAGCUGGCGCCCAGACAUAUAAAGCGCCGAGCAACGGCUGCAACAGCAUCACCAAGCAGGGCAACUGCGAGAUCUUUCUGUGCGGCAUGGGCAAUGGCGACUCAACCAUAUCUGCUGGCGCCAUCUCCCUCGCUGCUCUAGAUAUCCACGCUUACUGCAGGCUAAACGGCCGAGUCGGCGGUCGCACCGUUGUCUACACCCAGGAGGGUGAUGGCAAGAAAGGCAGCACCAUGGUCCAGCUCGGUGAGAUCCACAAGGACGAGCUGAAGCGGCGCGACGAAGAUGAACCGGAGAGCGACUUUGCUAUCCAACUCGAGACGCGUGAGGAGGAACCUUCGCCCGUCGAGUUCCUUGGCGCUCGAGACCUCGACGUCGAGCCUGAGCUCCGCCACCGCCGCCGCCAGCUUGGUAAGAGGGCAAACCCGGACCCAGAAGACCCCAACGAGGUCAUCGACAACGCCAGCGCCGUCAACGAGGGCGAGCAGCACGACAUCUCCAUCUUCAACCAGCUGAUGCUCCAGAACGAGUUCAUCACCGACAUCCGCCAGACCAUGGCCAACCCAAACCCCAACUGGCGCAACACGGCCAUGGCGAGCCGCCGCUUCCACGACCAGCACCGCGACCGCCAGGUUGAGGUCACCAUCGCCUUCCUCGGCGAGAACAUGCACGACGUCAACGAAUUCCGGCACAUCGCCCGCGACAACCGCCUGCAGACGCUCAUCAGCACCAUCAUUGGCCAGUGGCACCAGGGCGGCUUCCGCACCCUCUUCUCCAACCACAUCUACCGCCGGUACACCAACAGCAAUGCGCGCGUGAACAUAGGCCAGAUCGCCAUCACCGUUGAGGACAUCAUUGAGGGGCCCGCUCCACCAGUCGCGAUUCUGCCUGGUGGCUCUCGCUUCUAA